CUGGGACCAGAUGUGGCGUCUGGAGAGGCUUCUGCGGAACCGAGAUAGCUUUCUCCCAGGGCGCGCCCGCCGCACCAAAGCUGGCUCCUCCGCUGCGUGUGCCAACGUGCUCACUCCUGACCGCAUCCCAGAGUUCUGCAUCCCGCCGAGGCUGGAAUCCAGCACUGCUUGGGCUGCGCUGCAGGACGCCUGCUGGGCUGCGGACGCGGAGACCGACCAGGGCGCGGGCCACACCGACUGGGACCCGCGCUCACAGGCCGCGCUCUCGCUGCCGCACCUGCCACGCGCGCGCACCGCCUACGGCUUCUGCGCGCUGCUGGAGUGCCCGCACACGCGCCGGAAAGAGUCGCUCUUCCUCGGCCGCCCUGGCACCCUCUUCCCGCGGUCGGGGCUUCGCCAACGCGGGCACGCCCCCGGGAGCCCGCCCCGAGUUCCGGACGCCCCGCGCCCCGCGCCGCGCGACCCAGACGCCGCCCCAGUCCUGCCGCCUACUGCUGCGCCCCGCAGACGCCGUCUCCUGCGCGCCCCAGACGGGCUGCUGAGCCGCGCUCUGCGAGCACCUCGACGUCGGACCGGCGCGCGCCCCUCGUCCCGCGGCGACGAGCACCAGCGCGCCGCCUCUUGCGCGUCCCCGGCCGCCACCGACCCAGAUCCCCAGCGCCUGCAAGCCGAGGCCAACGUGCCUCUGGGCCGCGGGGCUUGCACGCUGCGCCUGGCCGCCGAGUACUCUCCGCGCAGCGCCUGCCUCCGCCUCCGCCUGCUGCGCGCUGAGGGCCCCGCUGUCGCGCUCGAGCCCCGCAACGUGGGCUGUCGCCUCAGCCUGGUGCUGCGGCCGUCGUCGGGCCAGCAGCGCGCCAGUGUAGUCCGCCGCAGCCGCAAGGCCGCCCUGGACCAGGACUGCUGCUUCGACGGGCUCUCGGAGGAGCAGCUGCGCCGCCUGGCCGUGCGCAUCAAGGCGGAGAGCAAGGGCCGCGGGCUGGAGCGCGGGCGACCUCUAGGCCAGGGCGAGCUGCUGCUGGGCUCUCUGCUACUGCUCUGAGCCUGGCUUCCCUGCCUUACU